AGCUGUGUUUCCAACCUUCAAAGUGGAGCGGGAAAUGCAGGAUUGACAAAAAAUGCUUUUGGACUUAUCAUCAUCAUCGACCCAUUUGAUCUAAUAUAGUUCAAUGGUGACUUGCGGUAGACGGGCCAGAACCUCACUCACCUCACAAGUUCAGAACAGGAUAUGACCGAGUAUGGGGUAAGGGGACUAUAGGAAGGGUUGUUAAGAGGGCUGUCUCUCCCUAUCAGGGUGAGCGAUCGAGGUCAAUCAUGACACCACAUCUACGGGAGUCGAAUCAUGCUGACGGCGAUGAUGUCUAACUACGUACGGAGUAUAGGUACGUAGACAACGGGAGGAGGACUACUCCGUACUUCUGUUCUUAUCGGCAGCACCUCAGCUGCAACCAAUCCCCGCUGGGAGACUUGCAGGAGCGUUGCAGCUGAGGGAACAAAUCAUCGUGGUACACACAUGCAGAGAGGAGCUCUGGCCAAGGAAUCUUUCAUUCUUCUAGGGUGGAAAGAUUGGCAAGUCGACUGGACUGGAGGGAUGGCAGCCGGGUCAUUGCUUUGCUUUGCUUUGUUUUUCUUCUCUUCUCAUCGAUCAAAGAUGAAGAAGAAGAAGAAGAAGAAGAUGAUGAUGAUCAUGGCAGUCGGGGUGUCUGUCUGACAUGGUUGGUACGUCCAUCUGACAGUCUCAGAUCAUGAUGUGGGAUGGGGGUGUCUCCUCCCCGUCCCAUUGUGACUAAUGAUUCAGUCUGUGUCACAGAUGUCUCUGGCGGAGAUCCUAAUGGAGGCUGUUAUUAUGAUUACUAGUAUUAUGAUUCUUGUGCUG